CUCUUCCACGCAAAAUAGACGGUUUUUCUCUUCCGCGCAAAAUAUACGGUUUUUCUCUUCCACGCAAAAUAUACGGUUUUUCUCUUCCACGCAAAAUAGACGGUUUUUCUCUUCCACACAAAGAACACAACUUGCCCAAUCCUCGCUCCAAACAUGGAAAACGUAAGCAAAAGGGAUAUCCUUGUGAAUUAUUUAAAACUGUGCAACAAGAACGAUAUGGCUGAGGCAGUGAUGAAAUACUGCGAUGAGGACCGUGGGAUAGUUUUCAACAGGCACCCCGCCAGAAACGAGAACAAAUUUGGAGCGAUCUACGACUACGCGGCUUCUUCGAAGUCCAAAAUGCCAAGCGCGAUGAGCUCUUCGCACGAUUUAAAAGGGCCAAUCGAAAAAGGAAGCAAUCGAAGCAAUGGAAGAAGUCAAAGCAGUCGAAGCAAUCGAAGCAAUCGAAGCCGUCACAGCAUAGUGCAAUCCAAGUGCUUCUAUAAGAGUAAAAGCUCUCUGGAAAGUGUGAAAAUAGAUAAGCAGCCAAGCAGUUACAUACCAUGCGGCAGCAAACAGGAAGUGCCGGACGGAGUAGUGCAGACGAAUGACCCCAUUUCCGAUGUGCUGGAUGACAUGUGUGAAAUUGUAGCACCUGAAGGCAGGGGCAAGUUUUUAAAAUUUAUAGGGGAAAAUUACGUGUACGUCCUGCUGGAAAAUGGCACAUACAAUUGCUACCCCAUGGACCUGCUCAAGCUAAAUCGAUCCUACUUGAAGACAAACGCGAUGUACAACCUCCGAUUGAACUACAAAGACAGGGCGUUAAAUCACACUAGGAAUGUCUUAAAAGAUAAAAUUGCUUCCUUGCAACGCAAGGAGAGCCUCUUAAAUGAACAGAAAGGAACUUCCGACGAGUUCGUCGCGUUUCCUGCUCACAUGGACCAUUUGAGAGACUACAUAAUGAAAAACGACUCAGAGAAAGAAAACGUUCCCUUGAGGAAUUACUUGGAGAACCACUUGGAGAGUCACUUGGAUAAUCACUUGGAGAGUCACUUGGUGAAUCACUUGGAGAAACACGUGAUGCGUCUUCCCUUGAAGAAUGAAGAAUCGGGUGUGGGUGAACACGACAGGAGCCACAUACCUGAGCACCACAAUUUGGCUAAAAAAACUGUUAAGGUUAAAUCGUUAAAUAGUAGGUACACGUUGGAGGGGUCCAAAUGGUAUGCCCCCACUGAUCUCAAAAUUGCAAGUGAGGAAAGCUGCAGCGCUUGCUGCUGA